AUGCUGUCAGCCGCGCGCCGAUGCAUCCUCCCGCGGACGGUCCGCGCGUCCGUGCGCCUCUUGGCGUCGUCGGCCGAGCACGUUGAAGCUGCGUGGAGCGCGAUCCAGCGCGCGCCGAUGCCCGCCCCCGUGAGCGACUACGUCCGCGUGUGGUACGACUCGAUGGCGGCGGGCCGCCCCGCGCUGACACAGGACGUGUGGAUGGCCCUUGAAGAUCGCUUCCCGCACGAGCUCUCACUCGACAUGUUUGAAGCCACUGCCGCGGCGCUCCUCGGCCACGACGACGCCGCCGCCGCUAGCCUCUACGAGACGCAAUGCCGCCAGCGCGCCGACAAGGUCACCGACACCUUUCGCGACAUUGCGGUCCGCGCGUACUGCAACCUCGACCAGGUGGACGACGCCAUCGCGAUCGUCCGUCAGCAGGUACACGCAGACAUGCACCUGCAAGCGCGCGUGCUGUACGCCUGCGCGCGCCUCGAGCGCCACGACGACUGCGAAGAGCUCUUGCGCGCAAUCGACGCGGCGCCGUCGUCAUGGACGGCCAAAGGCUGCGACAACGUCCUGCGUGCGCUAGGCAGCCUCUACCCGAUCGACCGCGUCUUCGACUUCUUCUCGCGCAUGCUGGCGCAAGGUAUUCUGCCGACGCCGACGUCGGUGCGACUGCUCUUGCAAGCGUGCCUCUUCAACCACCACAACGCGCACCUCGAGCGGCUCCUGCACAACAUCCCCAAGCUCCAGCUGCCGUCCGACGCGUCACUUGUCCAGGCGCAAAUUGCGGGGCACGUGCACUUGGGCCAUGCGCUCGAGAACGUGCUGCCUCUGACCGCGACCUUGGCGACCACGCACGCCACCGACGAGAAGACGCUGCCGACGCUCUACGAUGUCUUCUACACGGCCAUGGACCGCGACGACUUGGCCUCGGCGAUCACCGUGCUCCAUCAGCUGUCGCCUUUUCCGGUCCCGUACACGAUGCUCUACGCGGUACUCGACGCGCUCCCGGAGGACGCGACGGCGCUCUGGGCGUCAACGGCGUCGCUCCUCGAGACGACCCUGCAACACCAUAAAGAGGAGGUACCAUCGCACUUGGCCGUGCCCGUGCUCACCGCCGCCCGCCGCGCCAACGACGACGCGCUCGUCUUGCGCCUCUUCCACGCGCUCGCGUCAACUGGCGUGGUCCCCAACAAGACGACGCUGAGCCUCGUCGCGCAGAGCUGCAAAGCGCUGGAUGACGCCGACGACGCGACACGGCAAUCGAUGGUCGACGCCGUCAACGCCGUGACGUCCUCGUCGUCGUGGUCGAGCGACAGCAGCAUUGCCAGCACGCACUUGGUCUCGAUUGCGUCCUUUGGCCGCGCACCGGGCGACACGCUCCUCGCGAUCCUAACGGCCUCGCACGCUUGGGACCCGAUGCUGGUCUCGGCUGCGCUCUCAGCGCUCGGGCAGAUUGAGGACAGUGACCGCAUCCAAGCUGUGUUUGCCAUGGCGGUCGACAAGUCGGCCGUCGACGCCCGCGUCGAGACGCAGUACGUGCGCCUCCUCGUCCGCGUCGGCCGCCAUGCGAGCAUGAAGGCGCUGGCGGACGUGCUCCCGACGGCCGAGAUUCCGGUGCCGCUACUCGACGAAGCACUCGUGCUAAUGAUGCGCUGCAAGCGCUACAAGGUGGUCAUCCGCCUCCUCCCGCAGGUGCGCACGCGGCCCGAGACGUACGUCGCGGUCUUCCACGAAGCGCUGACGUACACGCGCUCCAAGGUGUGGCUCACGCGGCUGUACGAGAUGGCCAGACACCGCGCGCGCCUGCCGGAAGCCGACGUCGCUGCGUACCAUGCACUGCUUGCGCAGGCUUAG